UGGAGGGAUAGAGGAGAGAGCUGGGUAUGUAACACGGGUCGUGGGCGGUUGAGAAGGCAUACAGGUCAGCUGAUGGGUCCCUCCUUCGCAGUGAAGGUCGCCACCAAAACGAACAAGAUCAAAGAUGCCGGAGCCCGAGGACAAAACCAUGCUCCCCGUCUACGUUCAUCAGACCUCUCGUCAUGCCGUCGUUCUCAUUCAGGUCGAAUGCAUCGAUCCACACUCCAUAAGCACAGAAAUCUCUUCGGAUCAGGCUUCCCUGCAGCUUUCCUUGCAGCAUAAGCCCAGGGGUAGUUCUCGAACAUGCACUGUCACCAUAUCAGCACGGCCAAUGCUUGACCCCAGUGGAUCCAUCGCGUCGAUCCAGGAUUGCAGCUGCUCAAUUUCAGCUGAGAAUAUCGUGCUCAGACUCACAAAAACCCGGAAAACAGAAUGGCAAGCACUGCGAAUCAUAUUCAAGUGUCAGGACACCGGCUUUUCCAAUCCAGCAGACAUAAACGACAGCGAUAAGACUAUAGAACACGGGGAUCAGCAAGAACAAACAGGACCGAUAAUAGCAAAGUUCGUCACAUCAUCCAACACGACCCAUCUUCAGAGUGCAAUUCGAACCAGCAAGUUAUGGGAUGCGCAAUCAGGGCGCGUAGGCAACAUUCAGGCGAAGAAGAUGGGAGGCGUGAAUGCUAUCCAGCUGACGGCAGAUCUGACCCCAAAUAGCGCUUCUGUAUCCCAGGAAUAAACAUUAACAGGGAAUUGUGCAUCCUUAAUAGCCAGGACAACAUUACUGUGUGACACUUGGAGCUGCGCGUCGUCGCUAUGCUGCUUGCCCGACUCUAUGUGUUAAAACUUGAACUAAGUACAAUUUCACUCAAGUACGGCAAUGUCUGUUCAAAACAUUGUAGAGAACGAUGUCGAACGCAAUCCCUUCUCUAGUAUCAUGCCAUUGUGCAUAAAGGUAGAGACAGUAAUGCGCUUCAGUAUGGCGGUGUAACUGUGCUCGGAGUAUUCAGGGCACUUGCAAGCACAAUAAAUUACAAAAUGCC